AUGGUGCUUUCAAGUCUUUUCGUAGUGAUGUUCGCACUUUGGACGGCAAUGGUGUCACCUGUUGUAGCACUUUUCUCAAUGUUUUCACGAAUAUUCACUCAUCGUCGGGUAAGUCAUCGAGCUAAAGCGUUUGAAAAAUGCAAAGACUAUAAAAAGACAAGAAGUGAUUGUCCACUAGACCGUGCUUCAUGGUUCUCGCGAUUUUCUUACCAUUGGAUCUCGCCUUUCAUUGCGUUGGGAAAGAAACGCCGAUUUGAGAUCGAAGAUGUCCCAGAUCUUUCUUUGCGUGAUACUACAUCUGUCGCUGCUGCGAGGUUUGACGAGGAGCUACUAAAAGAAUUUCAUCACUAUCGUCCAUCCUUUCUACAGGUUGCUCGGCGAUUAUACGGAGCUGACGUCGUGAUUUUUGCUCUUUGGUCAACAGCCAAUAAGGCGAUUGGACUCGCUAGUCCAUUGUUGCUCAAAUUUUUUUUAGAUUGGGCCGACUCAUCGAGGCCGUCAUUAUAUACGGGUUAUUGUCUCGCAGCGGCAAUGAUAGCAAGGUCAGUCAUCUCCACCUUGUCGGCAACACAAUACGAAUUAGCAUGGAAGCGAUUCGAUCUACGAGUACGAGCUGGACUUGUGUCCGCUAUCUAUGCUCGAACUCUUCAGUUGUCGGGACGAGAAAAACGCGACGCAGGAGGUCUAGGUCGCAUCACAAACCUCAUUUCAGUUGAUGUAAAUUGCAUUGUUGGCAUGCCUAGUACUUUAUUCGACAUGAUUCUUAUCCCAGUCGAGAUUAUCGUUGCUCUCGUUCUACUAAGCAAAGCUGUCUCGGUUGCUUCCAUUGCAGGUGUCGCAGUGCUAGUAAUAAUGGUCCCACUCAUUUCAUAUUUAGGACGUCAGAUUAAGCGUGCCACGACCGAUAUGAUGCACUUUCGCGACGAACGCGUAGGUCUCACGGCUGAAACCCUUCAUGCAAUUCGAACGCUAAAAUUACUUGGAUGGGUAUCCAUGCGACUCAAAGCGAUUAACCGAUGUCGGAAGCGCGAAAUGGACAGACUUCAAGUACGCAAGUAUUUGGAUGCCUUUUGUGUCUUCUUUUGGGCAUCCACACCAGUGAUUGUUCAGGUCGCCGUCUUUGUCGCUGCAGUCUUCUCGGGACGCAAUAUUUCGGCUGCCGAUGCGUUCACAGCAAUUGCAUUGCUAGACCGACUGAUUUACCCUAUGAAUUAUCUCCCAUGGAUUAUCAAUAGUUUUCUUGAAGCGAGAGUAUCAGCGUUACGAAUCCGCGCAUUUCUUUUUGAUCGAGAAGACGCACAGUCGAGCUUCAAGGAUCAAGAACCUUCGUCUUAUCGCAGCUUACAAAGCACUGACAUUCUGACGAUAUGUGAUUCAGCCUUUAGAUGGGAUUGCACAAGAGAGAAGGCAAGUGACGAUGACAGUACAGACACGGACGAGACGCUUUUAUUGAUCGACGAUUCGCCUGCACAAUCCGCUAGCUCUCAAUUUGUCCUACACAUUAACAACCUGCAUAUACGACCUGGUUCAACAUAUGUAGUGUGUGGACCGGUCGGUGCUGGCAAAUCUUCACUUUUGCUGGCACUUCUUGGAGAGAUGCCCAAUGAGUCGGCCACUACUUUUGCUCAGCAAAGAUAUUUACGUUUUUCCUAUUCUCCGCAGACUCCAUGGCUCUUUCGUGGAAGUGUCCAGCAAAACAUUACAAUGUGCAACGAAGACGAUGAAGGGCUUGAACAAGCUGGAAAAAGUAUCGAUCAUGCCCGAUAUGAGCGAGUUUUACGUGCUUGUGAACUUGACGUUGACUUGUGUAGGAUGAAACGACCAUUUGACGUUGCAGAGAAUGGCAGUAACUUCAGUGGCGGCCAACGCGCUCGACUGAAUCUUGCACGCGCGUUAUACCAACGUGCAGACAUUUACCUUUUGGAUGACCCAUUUAGCGGAUUGGACGUUACGACUGCAAGCAAAGUGGUCGCAAACUGUUUCAAGCCGAAGUCUAGUAUCUUUCCCGAUGAUGCUGCGGUCGUUGUUGUGACCCACUCGCUUCAUCUUUUGCCUCUAUUUCCAGCUAAUACCCAAAUCGUUGUCAUGGAUGAUGGUCGAAUUUUCGAGCAAGGUACUUAUCACACUUUGAAAGCGAAAGAACCUCCUGGUCGCUUCAUGAAGUUGCAACGCAGCACCUUGAAUAAUACAGACACAAUACAAUUAGACGAGGUAGUGGAAGCAGUAGACGAUCGGACGGAAGCUGCAGUAAAUUCAGAAUCGAAGGCCGAAUGUCAAUCAGUCUCUGGUGACGAAUUGGAACACCGAGAAUCGGGUGCAGUGAGUUGGCACGUCUGGAAAGCUUACGCAAUGGACGUCGGCACGGCCCUUUCGAUCAGUAUCUUUCUAACUGUCGUGGCAAUGCAGCUUUCUCGAAAUUCAUUAGACUACUGGAUUGCAGUGUACACUAAUGACCAGCAUUCUAUCACCCCGCAAGGCUUCGCAUGGAUUUUGUUGUCCAUUGCAGGAGCAAAUGUCAUUGCCGUCUUGUUCCGCUCUUUCCUUUUUGCCUAUGGUGGUCUGCGCGCAGCUCGAGCCACGUACAAAAAAUUGGUCCACAGCGUAUUUGCAGCUCCACUUCAAUUCUUCGAACGCACACCCACCGGUCGUGUGCUUAAUCGAUUAAGUGGCGACACGUUUACAGUUGAUGAGUGGCUAUCGUUUAUGCUGAAUAUCUUCCUUCGUGAUGCAUCGGAAUUGGUGGGCUCACUUGCCAUUCUCUUUUACGGAAACCAUUUGGUGGUUGUACUGCUCAUACCUCUCAGCUUCAUUUAUUAUUACUUGCAGCGUGACUAUCGUCCAAGUUCUCGUCACCUCGGAAGACUGGGUGCCGCUACCCAUUCGCCACUUCUAACCAUGUUUACCGACACGUUGGAAGGACUUCCUGUGAUCCGUGCUGCCAGGAAACAACAGCAGUAUAUCGAUGAAUAUAGAGUGCGACUGAAUCGUAGUCAGCGUGUCGCGUUUCUGAAUUCAAUGACCAGUGCGUGGUUUGGAUUGCGUUUGGAUCUAUUGGGAGUGUGCAUUACCUCAUUUGUUGCUUUGUUCGCCGUGGCCAGCUACAAUUUGACUGGCAACGUAAACCCAGGAAUUCUCGGUCUUACACUAACGCACGCGCUCCCAAUUGUGGGAAAGUUGAAUGCGCUUCUGAAUGGUUUCAUCGACUCGGAACGUCAAAUGAUUGCGGUUGAGCGUGUCAAGGAAUAUACGGAUUUGGAGUCGGAGGAAGGUCCAGUUGAUACAGCGGACCUCACCAAAAGUAUCGGGAUGUGGCCUACAGCCGGUCACAUUGCAAUUAAUGAGCUUAGUGUGUUGUAUGGUCCAACUACUCAACGCACUGAUAAACUCGAUGGUCCUGAAUGCAUAGAAGUCUCAACCCUGGCUCUGAAGAGCAUUAGUUGUGAUAUUCCUGCGGGUCAGAAGAUUGGAAUCUGUGGCCGUACAGGUGCUGGCAAGUCGACUUUGCUUAACGCUCUCUUUCGAGCUGUCCCAUGGCGACAAAGUGGCUGCAUCACGAUCGACGAUGUGCCAUUGGAUUCUCUGAGCCUUGAAGAACUGCGGUCACGUUUAACAUAUAUACCUCAAGACGUAGUGCUUUUCUCGGGAACGGUGCGGUCAAAUCUUGAUCCAAGUGGAGUGCUAGAUGACGAGCGACUUUGGACAGCACUGCGCAAGUGUGGCGAGAUAGCGAAAGUGGUUGCCAAGCUUAACUGCGGUUUGGAUUCUGUUGUCAACGGAGAAGAAGCGACAAUGUUUAGUCAAGGACAAGCUCAACUUCUUUGCAUAGCUCGAGCUUUAUUGCGUCCAUCGCAAGUCUUGUGUAUUGAUGAAGCCACAGCGUCGAUUGAUCAUGAGACGGAGCAAGCAAUUUCACAGGCUAUUGCUUCCGAGUUUGCAUCGUCCACUAUACUCACAGUAGCUCACCGUAUCCAAACUAUCAUGCAUUGCGACCGCGUACUGGUACUGGACAAUGGCCAAAUUGCUGAAAGCGGCAAUCCAAAAGAGUUGUUGAUGAACUCGCAGUCGCUAUUUUAUCGGUUGGCAAAGUCGUCUACAAGCGACACUGCGGUGCUCUAA